AGAUGAUCACAUCCACUGAUCAGAAGCAAAGUAGAGAGUAGGACGUGAAAGAGAGCAGCGUUGUAUAGUUUCUUGUAACACCUGAAGUCAUGUAGAUACCUCUGCUCUGUCCAUGGUCGCUGACGAUGAGAAACACUGCGCGCUUUCCUUUCCUUUCCUUGAGCAAGCGGAGAAAGGGCAGACAACCUUGUGUCUUGCGGUGGCAUCAGCUCAGUUGGCCUUUGGUCGUUUGCCCCGGUGGCAAGCGAAGCACAGAUACCAAAACUGAGCGGCAAGAAAGGCAGUUGAAGCACACUAGUACUACGAUGCAAGUGACCGGGACGCUUCCUGGAGAAAGCGAAAAGAGUUGGCUCAACAGCAGGCAGGAUCAUCGUCGCCACGCCACUACACCUCACUUACAUCUACUACAUGGAUCAUCGAUCUGCCCUUUUCCCUCUUUCUGCCGCCGGCUUUUCCACUGCUUUCUUCUCCUCUUACCGAUGGCCGCUUCCACCUCCGAUCCACGCUUCCUCUUCUUCAGCUAUAAUAUAACAAGCGCCUGCUCCUCCUCGAGUGGUGCAGUAGACAGUAGUAGUGGCUACCGGUGUCAGUAGAGGGCAGAGCAAGCAACCGACCGUGGUGAGUGGUGACCAUGGCGCGCAACUGCAGAAUCAGCAGCUUCUUCUUCCUGCUCCUCAUGCUCUGUACCACCUCGCACUGCGAGGCGAGAGCUCUGAGGCAGAGCAAGAGGAACUCGCUGAUGAACGUGCUCUUCAAGCUCAACUUCGCCAGGGCGGUGGAGCCGACGCAGCCGCCGCCCCCUCCCUCGUCGCUCGAUGCCAGCGCUGGCAGCGACGCCGCGAGCGCGAGUCUCGCCGCCGUCGAUGCCCCGUUCUGCGUCAACCCUCCUGACGCUCCCCCCUCGUCGUCGUCCACGCCCCCCUUCACCUCCACGGCGCCCUCCUCCACCACCCCGUCCGUGCCGGACCAGCUGCCGCCCAUCACCCCCGUCCCGCCCUCCUUCGAGCCCAGCCCGCCGGCCGACGGCGGUGGCGCCACCCCGGGCUCCAGUCCGGGGCUGGGCACGCCGGCGUCCACGCCCACGCCCAUCAACCCGCCGCAGUUCGCCCCGAGCCCGCCUGGGACGGCGCCGCCCAGCCCGAUCGUCGUUGUGCCGAGCCCGCCCGACGAAUUCGGCCCAGGCUCGGGCGGCGGAGGACAGGGAGGAGGCGUAGGAGGAGGGGGCGGUGGUGGAGGAGAGGGAGGAGGCGGAGGCGUAGGAGGAGGUGGUGGUGGUGGAGGAGGAGGAGGAGGAGGCGGAGGCGUAGGAGGAGGAGGAGGCGGUCUAGGAGAAGGAGGGGGAGGAGGCGGCGGGUUCAUGCCGCCGAUCAUCUACCCGCCGCCGCUGGCCCCUCCGAUGGCGCCGGGGUCCGGGCAGGCGCUGUGGUGCGUGGCGAAGCCGACAGUGCCGGACCCGAUCCUCCAGGAGGCCAUGGACUACGCGUGCGGCUCCGGCGCCGAGUGCCGGUCCAUCCAGCCGUCCGGCGCCUGCUCCCAGCCGGACACCGUGCUGGCCCACGCCUCCUACGCCUUCAACAGCUACUGGCAGAUGACCCGGGCCAACGGCGGCACCUGCGACUUCGGCGGCACCGCCACCAUCGUCACCAGCGACCCAAGCUACGACAGUUGCGCGUUCAACCUUGUAUGAGGCUGCAGAUCGAUGAGCCAAUUUUCUGUUCCAUUUGUUUCGAGGCCACGCAGCACCGCAGGCUUAGUAAGGAGUAGCUGAGAUUAGUGUGAUUUUGAUUCUGGCAAGACUGCUGAUACCGUGUAAAGGCGAUUCCUUGACAUGUGCAUUAUACUAGUAGCUUCUUGGGCAGGAAGAUGCUUAA